AUGAAGACAUUGAUAUUAUAUGCUGCGAUUGUUGUGCUAGUUCGUGCCGAAAUAUACACUGAACCACAUCAGGCCAUUUGGAUCGAUCGUCAUAAUUAUUUCCGAACGACAGGAUUGCCAUGGUCUGCGAGUAAUAUGCUACAAAUGAAAUGGGAUGCUGAAUUAGCGACGAAAGCUGAUGCGACUGCAGUUACAUGUUCAGCUACAACUGGCAAAGGUCUGAAUGUAUUUCAAUCGUCAUCGACAGAUGUGUCUACAGCUAUUGACGAGGCGAUUCAGCAAUGGGUUGUCGACACUGCCAUGACUACAAUCAAGUCAAUGCCUCAGCCGAGUUCAACUGGAUUGGAUGUGGGUGUAGGCUAUUACAAUUCGUAUUCACAAGUUGUCUGGGCUGAAACAACUAAUGUCGGCUGUGCGUCAGCAACGUGUUCAGGAGGUCAGAUGGUCGUUUGUGCGUAUUCUCCUGCCGGGAAUAAUGAGAAUUCGCCUUGGUACAAACAUGCGUCUCAAGCUUCAGAGUGUCCAACUGGCACAAUGGCAUCUCACGCACUUUGUAUUAAAGAAGGCGAUGAUCCUAACAGUCAUUUACCAGCCAUACCACCAGGAAGACUUACAUACGAGAUCUACCCAGCUUUUGUCGCAGAUAUUCAUGCUUUAUUAAUCAAUUCUUCACGAGACUUUGCUAAUGGUGAGUUGAUAUUAACAUCAAAACCAAUGUCUUCAUCAGCUACGUCAUCUAUAAGUAAGAACAUCCCAGCGACAACACCAGAGGUCAAGAGUGGCAAUUCUAUAGUGCCAAGUAAGACAACAGAGACGACUACGUCUCCAUCUUUAACUAAAGAUGAAGAUGAAGUUCCUGGUAAAGUAAGAGCAAGUUUCGAUGAGCCUUCAGCCAACAGUCCCGAAAUACAAGAAGUGAGUACUGCAGAAGCUGCUACAAGUAAAUCGAAAGAAAGUCACGAAGUGGCACACGAAUUGACAAUAUCAGGUAUCAUUGGAAUGCAUGCAAUAGGAGUUUUAGCAGUAGCUGGGAUUUUAUUACUAGUGCGAUGUCAAGAAACAGUAGAGGAGUCCGAAGACUAA